CUCCCUCCCUCUGCCUCUCGCUCUCUCACUCGCUCUGUCUGCGCUCAGUUUAAGUGCAGGGACCCAGCGCAUGGAAGGUAGAGGGCAGAAGUGCGUGUUUCCUCUCCUCCCCUUUACCUCCGUUCAUCUUUUCCUCCAGAUGACAGGCUGAACGCUCAGUGGAAACAGCAGGAUGAGUGUGUACCUGUGCGUGCGUGCCGUACUCCAUCGGAGAGUCUCAUUCAACAUGCUGUAACAUCAGGCAAACUGGCUCUACAAGAGAGAAAGAGACACAGAAAGAGAGCUUGCAGAAUAAAAUGAGCACCAGGCGGUGAGAAAUGAGCGUGUGUUGACUUUCUUCAUGAGGGCUGAGAGAUGACCAUGAACGGCCGCUGGUCCUUCAACACCCUGGCCGUCAUCUUUAUCCUGCUGUCCACUGCAGCUCUCUCUGCGCACUUCAGAGUGUGUGAGCCUUACUCCGACCACAAGGGGCGCUAUCACUUUGGGUUCCACUGCCCUCGACUCUCGGAUAACAAGACUUACAUAUUCUGCUGUCACCAUAACAACACAGCCUUCAAGUACUGCUGCAACGAAACUGAAUUUCAGAGCGUGAUGCAACUCAACCUCACCACAAACUCAGACGGCUUUGCCCACAAUAACUACACCGCUCUCAUCGGCGUGUGGAUUUACGGCUUUUUCGUCAUGGUCCUCCUAGCUUUGGAUUUCCUGUACUACUCGGCGAUGAACUACGAGUUGUGUCGGGUCUAUCUGGAGAAAUGGGGGCUGGGAGGACGGUGGCUCAAACAGGCCAGGAGUCAAUGGCACAGCGCGGCUCAGGAGGGCGAACACAACAUGGGAUCAGGCCUGAGUCACCAACAUCAUGCACGGCACAGUUUGAGAGGCGAAGCACAGAGCCCUACGCUCUUGACCUUCCAGACCUCAACAGCCUGAUAUCCAGCUUUGAUCCCAAGGAUAUGCUUAGUAUGACAAAGGAGGAAGAGCCAGGAAAUGGAGAUUUAAAUUCAGAGAUUAUUUUCCUGGUCCCAUCUACAUUUAGGACACGGACUGUGCCGGCUACCUCCCGCAGCUCUGCUGGAUGGCAUUUUCUCCACAUGAAGACGCUGAUGCUGAGACUGACAACUGCAAAUGAGUUUCUCUGGCCAAUCAGAGAAGGCUUGUUCAGCUGGAUCUACUUUUCGACAGCUGUUGAAGGACUUUAAUGAGACUGUUGUCUUUGACGCCCACUACCUUGCCUUGUCAUUUCGGAAGUUAGGACCUAGUUGCAGGGAAUAAGACUUUGCGAAAA